AUGAAGUUCUCUCAUAGUAUUCAGUUCAAUGCUGUUCCAGAUUGGAGCAGCCAUUACAUUGCAUACAGCAAUCUCAAGAAGCUAAUCUACAACCUCGAAAAGACCGCCCAUCAGGCGCGCGGAACCACUGGUGAUGCCGAAUCCCGACCUCUUAUAAACCAAGAAGAUGCUGAAGAGGUCUUCUCUCGAGCUCUUGGCGUCGAACUAGAAAAGAUAUGCUCAUUCUACGUUGCCAAAGAAGGCGAGCUACUCGAAGAAGCUGCGCAACUGCUACGCGACGUUGGCGACGAGGCCGAAGAUGCCAUUGCCGAUAAUCGUUACCUUCGCAGGCUCUCUGUUUCAUCAGCCCACCGUCCUGAUGGUCGCAACGGCUUCCGCUCGAGAAGUCCUCGGAGCCGCAGCACCGACAAUGAAGAGAGCGCGAGCGAGGAGGAAGAUGAGACUACUGGGCUUACAACAAGGCGACGAAGCAGCGGGGGCCGCAGGCGCACACUUCCCAACAUCCAUAAGCCGCGUUCUGAAGAUCUGAACGCUUCCUCCGAUUUCGGUCGCGACAUGAGGAGGCACAGCACCACAGCCGACGAAAACGAUGAUCAAGCUCUCAUGUUCUCUUCUGGCAUGUUUUCGUCUGGUAUCAUGCUCAAGAAGCGCAUUAUCGGCCUCUACGUGUCACUCUGCGAACUCAAGUCAUUUAUCCAGCUUAACCGCACCGGUUUUGCCAAGGUUCUCAAGAAGUUCGACAAGAUCCUUGAUAAGGAACUCAAGGGUCCCUAUUUGCGAGCCCAUGUCGAGACAGCCUACCCUUUCAAAGAUGAGACAAAGCGUGUUCUCGAGGACAACAUUACCAAGAUGGAAAGGGCUUAUGCUGAGAUCGUCACUGGUGGAGAUGAGGAGCUCGCUCGCAAAGACCUUCGUUCGCAUCUCAGAGAACAUGUUGUUUGGGAGCGUAACACCGUGUGGCGAGAUCUCAUUGGUAUCGAGCGCAGAGCUGAAGCUGCAGGCCUGGGACAGGCGCUUCUCGGACAGGAGAGAGGAAAUGUCACGAGGAGAUUACAAGGCGACGAGGCCAAAGCACCCCGAGAGACCCAGUUCCGCACACCCUUUGGCAAGAUUACCUUACCUCCAUGGCUCGCUAGCUCGUCUCUUUGGACACUGGUUGCCUGUCUUACUGUCUUCUUCCUGUUGCUUCUGCUCCCCAUCAUGGAGAAGCCCGAGCAACAGAACUGCCUGGCAAUGCUUGUCUUUGUCAGUUUGUUAUGGGCCACCGAGACCAUCCCCCUCUUUGUAACAUCAUUACUUAUCCCAUUCCUCUCUGUUGUCUUGAACGUCGUUCGUGAUGAGACACCAGGCAAGCCUCAAAAACGUCUCGACUCCAAGGCAGCCACAUCUGCCAUCUUUGCUGCCAUGUGGACGCCUGUCAUCAUGCUUCUCCUCGGUGGUUUUACUCUGGCAGCUGCUUUGUCCAAGUGUACUAUCGACAAGCGACUGGCAACUCUUGUUCUUAGCAAGGCCGGCACUCAGCCCAAGACUGUGUUGAUUGCCAACAUGUUUGUGGCUGCAUUUGCGUCUAUGUUGAUUAGCAAUGUCGCGGCCCCUGUUCUAUGCUAUUCUAUCAUCGAGCCCAUGCUGCGAACAUUGCCUUCUGAUUCCAACAUGUCGAAAGCUGUCAUUAUUGGUAUCGCACUCGCCUCCAAUAUUGGUGGAAUGCUCUCACCCAUCGCUUCUCCUCAGAACGUCGUGGCAAUGGGCAUCAUGCAACCUGCGCCCACGUGGCUGCAGUGGUUCUUUAUUGUCAUUCCUGUUGGCGCUCUCUCGAUCGUUCUGAUCUGGCUCCUCCUCCUGGUUACCUUCCAGCCAGGCAAGGGUACCACGAUCGCCCCUAUUCGGCCUGUCAAGGAGAAGUUCACUGGUCUCCAAUGGUUCGUCACUAUCGUCACCAUCUCUACCAUUGCUUUGUGGUGUGCCAGCCACCAGCUAGAGGCCGAAUUUGGAGACAUGGGUGUUAUUGCUAUUAUUCCCAUCGUGCUGUUCUUCGGUAUCGGCUUGCUGACCAAGGAGGACUUCAACAACUUCCCAUGGACCAUCAUCAUCCUUGCAGCCGGUGGUUUGUCGCUGGGCAAAGCUGUACGCUCGUCUGGUCUGCUUCAUACCCUCGCAGAGAUCGUCUCUGAGAAGGUGGAGGGCAUGAGUCUGUACGGUGUCCUGGUUGUUUUCUCGACUCUGAUCUUGGUUAUCGCAACAUUCAUCAGCCACACAGUCGCUGCUCUUAUCUUCCUGCCUCUUGUCUUCGAUGUUGGUGUUGCCAUGGACCAGCCUCACCCCAACCUGCUUGUCAUGGGUGGAGUGCUCAUGUGUAGUGCAGCCAUGGGUCUGCCAACCAGUGGAUUCCCCAACAUGAGUAAGUUUCAUGCAUUUACCCCUAACAACUCAUUUCUAACCUAUCAUAGCUGCUAUUAUGAAGGAAGACCCCUGGCCGGCGCCAUGCUCUCCGCUUUCACAGCUCGUCCCAUCAUCGAGCUGCGACAAAAAGAUAAAUCUAAGAUUGAGACGAUACUCGCUCAAGGUGACCGCGUUCUCGUCGGCCUUAACAAUGGCGCACUCCGAAUCUACCGUCUAAACGAGCUUUCCGACCAACUUCAGAAUGGUUCCGCCGAUACAAAUGCCAAUGGUUCGUCGUCUGCGGCGGACGACGACCAUACUACUGCGCAAAGGUCAGAAAAGCCAACUGAUUUGAUGCGCGAGGUGGAACGCUUCUCGCCGCGAGCAAUCGAGCAGCUGGCUAUUAUAAAGGACGCAAACACAAUUGUAUCCUUGUCGAAUUAUCACGUCUCUUUUCACGAUCUCAAAACCUACGAACUUAUUGAGACCCUAAGCCGGACCAAAAAUGCAUCCUGCUUUGCGUCAACAUCGAAUAUUGUCAAGGAUCCGGACACGGGAAUCCCCGAGAUCGUGAGCCGGUUGGCUGUUGCGGUCAAGAGGAAAUUACUACUCUGGAGCUGGCUUGAGAGCGAACUUUCCGAGGAUGUGGACGAGAUCGUGCUGGCUGAGUCGAUUCGAUCAGUAACAUGGGCAAAUGCGACAAAGCUUGUAUGUGGUAUGAAUGGCGGAUACGUCAUGGUCGACGUCGUAACACGUGAGGUCGAAGAUAUCGUGAGUCCGGGUUCAGGACCAGCAGCUGGGCAGACUAGCCGAUUUGGUGCAAUGAGCAGUGCCGGUAUGGGAUACAUGGGAUUGGGAGGUUAUAUGCCCAAGCCUUUGGCGGCCAAAUUGGCUGAGGGAGAAAUGUUGCUCGCAAAGGAUAUCAACACACUAUUCAUCGAUGAUGACGGAAAACCCCUCGACAGACGGCAGAUUCCCUGGAACCAUGCCCCUGAAUCCAUAGGGUACUCGUAUCCAUAUAUCCUUGCCUUGCAAGCGCCUUCAAAAGGCUCCCUGGAAGUUCGGAAUCCUAUAACAUUAUCAUCACUUCAGAAUCUAUCACUACCGGGUGCUGCUCAGCUUCACUUCCCGUCACCCACUUACAGCUUAGCACAUGCCGGGAAAGGUUUUCACAUCUCCAGUGAACGAUGUGUUUGGAAGAUGGACUCAACAGACUAUGACUCUCAGGUUCAGGAACUAGUAGACGGUGGCCACUUCGAUGAGGCUAUUAGCAUUCUCGAAAUGCUUGAAGAUGCAUUGCUAAAGAACAAGUCGCAGACACUCCGUGAGGUCAAGAUGCUCAAAGCUGAAGGGCUAUUCAAGAAAAAGAAAUAUCGCCAGGCGAUGGAUCUCUUCAAUGAGGAUACCGUACAUGCACCUCCUGAACGAGUUCUCAGGAUGUUUCCUCCCUCCAUUGCUGGAGAACUAUCUGCGUGGGCCGGCCGCGAAGAGGAAGAACAAGAGUCGGACGAGGCGCCAGGAACACCGAAGAAAACCAAUGGCACGCGUCCCACCACCCCUGAACCCGUUGAGCAGGCACAGGAAACCCCGCAGUCAAGCAAAGGAGGCUUCGCCAGAUAUCUUACCGGAAGCUAUAGGAGGCCCCAGUCGGAUACCGCAUCCAUCUUCUCAAAGAAGGAUACGGCGGAGUGCGAUGAUGCUGCUAGCGUGAAGGAGACUGAGUCAAACGAGGAUCUGCCCUUGAAAGACAAGGACUUGACGAACGCGGUUCUGGAGCUCAACAGUUACCUGGCUGGAACACGUGCUCGAUUACAACGGGUAAUUGAUCCUGUUACUGGAAACCUGAAACCUCAAAGUGAUCGAAAUGGUUCAACAGAAGAAAUAGCAGAGAAGUUCCUACGGAUAGGGCUCGAUGAUUCUGAGAAGAAACUUGAAGAAGAGCUCCGAAAUACCUUUCGGUUAGUCGACACAACUUUGUUCCGAGCAUACAUGUUUUCUCGACCAACUCUAGCAAGCUCUCUGUUCCGAAUUCCUAACUUCUGCGACCCUAAUGUGGUCAAUGAAAAGCUUUUGGAACAUAAUCGCUAUACUGAGCUGGUGGAUUUCUUCUACGGUAAGAAGCUACACAAGGAGGCUUUGGAACUUCUACGACGAUUUGGAGCCGCUGAAGAACCCGAUGAGGCCGCACCAACACUUCACGGACCGCAGCGCACCAUCCAGUACCUCAAAAGUCUACCACCGUCAGAAAUUGACCUCAUCCUUGAGCAUGCAGAAUGGACCCUCAAAGCCAGUCCAGAUGGGGCCUUGGAGAUCUUCACAGGUGACACAGAGAAUGCGGAGACCCUCCCACGAGAACGGGUUGUCUCUUUCUUACAUGAUGUUGACACACAGUUGGAAGGACGCUAUCUAGAGCACAUCAUCACUGAGCUCGAAGACAUGACACCAGACCUUCACGACCGAUUGGUUGAGCUUUAUGUAGAAAACUUGAAGAAGAUGGACAAGGGUGAGAAGUGGGAUGAAAUGAUGAAUCACUUCAUCAAGUUCUUGAGACAGCCGGGGCAAGUUUACAGUCUCAGCAGGGCGUUUAGAUUGAUUCCCAGAGAUGACCCAGCAUUUUACGAAGCACAGGCUGUGGUAUUGAGCAACAUGAACCAACACAAACAAGCCCUUGAGAUCUAUGUAUUCAAGAUGAAGGACUACCAGAAAGCUGAACAAUACUGUAACCGAGUCAACUCGACUCAAGAUACUGCUCCAUCGUCUCAGCCAAAUGAGAAGAAUGAAACUGGAGAGGAUCCUGAGACUUCUACACCAUCUAUUUAUCAUACACUUCUGUCGCUCUAUCUUCAGCCGUCACCACCCAACCAGCCCAAUCUAGAACCAGCACUGGACCUUCUUUCAAAGCAUGGAUCACGUCUCCCAGCGACAUCAACUCUAGGACUCAUUCCAGACGACCUUCCCGUUCGGUCACUGGAGUCUUACUUCCGAGGCCGCAUUCGAUCGGCAAAUAGUCUUGUCAACGAGGCAAGGAUCGUUGCUGGUUUGCGACAGGCUGAAGGUAUCUCUAUCGCGGCGCGGCUGCACCUUGGCGACGAUGUACAGGGAGGGCAAGGUGGGCGUAACAGGCACGUUGCCAUCACAGACGAACGACACUGCGUCGUGUGCCACAAGAAACUCGGAGGAGGUAUGCGUAUUGGUGGAAGCGUUGUAGCUGUCCUGCCGGAUAACACAGUGGUGCACUACGGCUGUUUGAACCGGGCAACAGGGAACAAAGUAGACGCAUCCCAGGCGCCAAGUUGGGGUCGAGGAUUUUAG